AUGCAAUUAGCAAAGGAAUAUGGAAUUUCUGAUAGUGCAGUAUCUGAAUUUUUAAAAAAAUCUGAGCAUUGGCUUUCUAUUGACACUACUUUAUCAAAUGCAAAUAAUUUUUAUAAAAAACUAAGUAAUUUUUCACAAAUAGAAGAGGCUGUUAGUAUUAGUAUCUGGGUUGAUCAUUUUUUAGCAUCAGAAGGAUGGUUAAAUAAUUUUAAACAUAGAAAUAACCUACACACAUUUAAAAUAAGAAAAGAAGCUGAUAGUGCUUCAAUUAAUAAAAUUUCACAAAUGAAAAUUGAAUUACAAGAAACUAAAGCUGAAAUUCUUUCUGAUGAUAAUAAUUUUAAUAUUUCUGAUAAUAAUGAUGAUAUUGAAAAAGAUAAUAUUGAAGAAUUACAAUCAUUAAUUAAUGAAUUACCAUUUACAGAUCCAUUAAAUAUGAAAGAAUAUAUUAAUAUUAAUGAUAAAUUAAUUGUUGAAGAAGAAUUAUUAUUAGAAGAAAUUGUUAAUAUUAUUAUAGAUCAAGCUGUAGUAGAAGAGGUUAAG